AUUAUAAUCGAACAUGGCCAUUAAUGGAGGUAGAGUAAACCCCCCUUCUCACACAAACAAACAAACACAGAUUUCGUUUGUUUUUUGUCAUCAUUUGAACUCUCUUCUUUUUGAAUUUGCUUGCCAUUCACUCAUUAUUCGUCACAGUAUCAUUCCUUCUCCUUUCUUGUACACAUCAAACUGAUUUGAUGUUUUGACUCGUCCAAUCAAAACUACCAUACUUUUGGAUCUGAUUGGCGCGCUUAAUUGAUUUCGUAUACUGUUGGUAGAAUCGUAUCAAUUUGGACCUGAGAUUCGAUUGCAAUAUGUGAUUCCAACGUAAAUUUGGCAAUUUGUGAUUCGAGAAACGAUUAUCGUGGACCAUAAGUUAGGGUUUACAUGAAGCUACGAAUGUAGAAGUAUAUGCAAAUGCAACAGCAGCUGCAAUCGAGUACUGAUACAGCUGAAGUUUGGAAGGAGAGGUGUGAUCAUAUGUAUCAGCUGCGGCGGCCUGAGCCGGAGAUGGAGCCAAAGAGUCGGAAAGUUCCGGUGAUUUACUAUCUCUGCCGAAAUCGACAACUUGAGCAUCCACACUUCAUUGAAGUCCCUCUCGUUUCACCAAAUGGCCUUUACUUGAGAGAUGUAAUUGAAAAAUUCGAUGCUCUGAGAGGGAAAGGCAUGUCUUCAAUGUAUUCAUGGUCUUCCAAAAGAAACUACAAGAAUGCAUUUGUGUGGAAUGAUCUUAGUGAAGAUGACUUGAUUUUUCCCGCUCAUGGUAACGAAUACGUUCUCAAAGGCUCCGAACUUAUUAGGGAAGAAAACAAUCCAGGUCGUUUUGCUCCUAAAUUGCAAAAUUCAAAACAAGAUGACUGUUCAUCUUCAACAAAAUACAAGAUCUACAAGAGUCAUGAUAUUACUGAUGCUUCAACUCAAACGGAUGAAUUCGUAAAAGUUCAAAAACCUCAAGAAAUUUUCACAAGAAGCAUAGAGUCAUUAAUCAAUGACUCUCCUCUUAAACAUAUCCAGACACAUUCAUCCCCUCCAUCUUCUUCCUGUUCAUCUGCCGGAAAGGCCGACACCUUGGAAUCUCUGAUCAGAGCCGAUGUAAAUAAGCUUUACAGCUCCGUCAAACUUGAAGAAGAACAACAGAGUCAAAUCCCGGUCAACACAAAGCUUAGAGCUUCGAAUAAGCUCCUGCAACUAAUCUCCUGUGGGACACUUUCAUCAGAAGACGACAACUUUUGCAGAAUCUCAUCUUUCAGAUCGAGGUCAUUAGAUUCAAAGUAUCGAUCUGGUUUACUCUCAUCAUCUGUAAUGUUGGGGGAGCUUGAGUGUUCAUCAGAAAAUAAGGAUUACUUAUUGCUCAAGAAAGAAGCCAUGGGUUGCCUAAAACGAUCUUCUUCCUACGCUGCUAACAGGAUCAAUAAGAGAGAUUCAUUUCUAACAAGGACAAAAUGCAAGAAACAAUCCAAGAGAAUGGAAUCAUUCAGAGAGAAUAAAGAGAAUGUCAUCAAAAUCGAAGAAAGCUUGCUUCAGGAGCUCGAGUCAUCAUAACUUCAUAAGCACCUUAUGAUAACAAAGGUUAGUAAUUGUAUGGCUAUUAUUCAAGAUGGAAUAAUUGUUUUGGUUUCAUUGGGGGUAUUUUGGCAAAUUGGUUCUUCAUAUUUGAAAGAGAAAGUGAGCCAAAGUACACUUCAGUGAUGGGUUCAUGUACACAAAUAGGGUCACCUCUGUUUUUGGGUCUUUCUUUGCAUUUUACAACAAUG